AUGGCAAGUCUAGGUGGAGACGGCCUUUUUGGCACGAGGGCCACUACAAGUAAAUAUGAGUACCAAAACAUCGACCACUUCACUGCUAUGCAGAAUCAAGAACUGGAACUGUUCGAAGCCGAUCACACACGAAGACUAUUCAUCAUCUUUUUCAACGUGACGGAGCGGAUCCUCAAAGAGGAGCUUGCCAAUAAUACUAUAUUUCCGUUUGAAUCCUACUUUUUCCGCGACAAAGUCCUCAUUAUCAAAAUAGAGAGUCGUGCCUACGCUACUGCCCACGAGCGACUUGAUCAGCUGCUGUUGAUUGAUCGGCUUCAUGGAAUGGGCGGCUUGGAUAAGCAGCUCUACCUGUUUGGAGCAGCUCAUGUUGAAGGGAAUGAGCGAGUGAAAAGAGCUGAUAAAACCUAUUUGCCGAAGAAGCUACCGAAAGGCCGCUCCAGGAAAUGGCCUACCCUGGUGAUUGAAGUCGGUGAUUCCGAGUCAUAUCAGAAAUUGGUCAGUGACGUUGCGUGGUGGCAGUCUGAAUCACAAGGGGAUGUGCAGAUUGUGCUCACAGUUGGGAUUAAUCAACAACGCAAGGAAAUCACUUUUUAA